UACAAACUGGGUAAUCCAUUGAUCUCUCUAAAAUUAUGCAGCACAAUGCCUUUUACUUUAAUACGUCAUUUGUAUACACAUAGACAUUCUUCGCAAACAACAGCAAGAAUAAUCCCUUCAAAAACUAUGAAAGAGGGAGUCUACACGUGAUAAUAAUCUAUGAAGUGCACUCUAGGCAGGAACUAGAUGAGGGGUAAAGUUUGGUACUUGAAGGAUGUGUAUUUUUCUUUUAAAGAUAAAAGACACAAGUAAUCAGUUCAACCCUCCAAAAAUACAACUAAACAACUUUUCAAGAUGAUGAACUGGGCAAAAAAGCAAAUGGCCAAUGCUACCGGCACAGCAGAGCCAAUUUACGGACCUUCUGCAAUCAUACCAGUUGGCAAGCAAGCAGAGACCACGCCUUACACGGAACUUACGAGGGAAGAUAUGAAAUGGGUCGCUAUGGAUUCGACGAGCGUAGAGACUCAGACUUUCUAUAUUAUGGCUGAUAAUGGACAUAUUGCUAUGGCACAAAUCAUACAUAGUAAUGUCAUGUAUGAUUUAUCUUCUUCCCAAGUGAACAAGAGAUGCUGAUACUAUAGAAAGUGGUGUACGGACGACUUCUCAGUUCAACUGCAAAAUCUUCUAUCCAAAAGGCAGCUCGAAGCCUAAUCUAUGGAGUUCCAAUCAGCUCAGUAACGUCGAAUUCAGCGAUGAUAAAACCUGCUACUACGCGGACGAUGUUGCUAUUGAUCUUUCUGAAGACGGCACCGAAUAUACCAUCAAAUCUAUGACGAAUGAAGCAUCGAUUGUCAACCUUACAGUAACCCGAGUUGCUCCAGGCUUUCAUGUCGGAAAAGAUGGCAAAUCAUAUUAUGGAACAGAUCCAAAGGCUCCUUGGGGUUCAAUGCGGCAUGCAUUUUGGCCACGGACUAUCACCAAAGGAUCUAUUAUAACUAAAGAUGGGUCAAUAGACUUCAAGGGUAAAGCAUUAUUCAUACAUGCGCUCCAAGGAAUGAAACCACAUCAUGCUGCCGCCAAGUGGAAUUUUGUUAAUUAUCAAGGUCCAAAAUUUUCGGCCAUAAUUAUGGAAUACACAACCCCUCCAGCAUAUGGUUCUACGGUUGUUAGCGUCGGUGGCAUAGUCAAGGAUGGUGAAAUAAUAUGUGCUGGUGCAGGAAAUACUGCAAAACAUACCAAGGUCAAGAAUGAUAAGGAUGCUGGCUGGCCAGAACCAGAGGCUGUCAAAUUCGAUUGGAAUGGGAAGACAAAAGAUGGCAAAUCGGUUUCUGGGUUGAUCGAAACCGACCUUGAGGAGAGGCUCGAUAGAGUUGAUGUUAUGGCCGAAGUACCUGGCUUUGUAAAGAAAAUCGUUGGCAAUGUAGCUGGAACAAGACCAUAUAUCUAUCAGGUAUGCUAUACACCUUUCCAAGGAACUUUUUUGAUUCUAACAAAAGUUGUAGUACUGCCCGCGUAGCAAACCAACAACCUUGGUAUUGAAGAUUGGCGGCGAAGAAAUUAUAGAGGAGGGGACUCUAUACACUGAAGCAACCUUCAUUUCCGAAUGAUACAUGGCGACUGAAUUCAUGGAAUUGAAGAUUUUAUUUUGUAGUUCUUCUCUUUGCGGGCGUCAGUAGAAUUAAGAGACAGUACGGAUGCGUUGGGUUAGUAACAUAUAUAUUUUGAGGCCCGGAGAUACCUAGUGGAGUUAUAGAGUCUCUUUGAAAGACUUGGAUAUCAAUAGAUCCCUUUUUUU